AUGAUGUUUUUGCGAUAUAUAAUCUUCUUCGUUCCGUUGGUGAAUGCAUGGACAUUCCGCUGGACGAACGAAACCAAUGAGACUGAAAUUAUCCGAGGCUCUGAGGAAAGAAAUUGUACAGUUGCCAAUAUCUUCGAGGAAGGGCUGUUCACUUGGGAUCCUGAAGGGAGCAAACAAUGCGUUUCGAUUUACCGCGACACAAAAUGUGAUUCCAUGGGCGGAUAUUCAUGCACUGCAUGGAGGAAGAAUGCCAGUCGAACAUUCAUGGCUUUCGAUAUCAUGCCUGAGAACCUAAUCAUCUCCAAAUCUCAGAGCUCUACAGCCGCAUCAACCUCGACAGCUUCAUCUGAGUCUACAUCCAUAUCCACAUCCGCACCCGCAUCCACGACAUCGUCUCCCACUUCUGCCUCGGCCACACCAACAAGCUCACCAUCUAGCCCGGCAGGUAACACAGAUACCAGCCCCUCGUCAACCGGUCUGUCUGGAGGAGCAAUCGCCGGCGUGGUGAUUGGUGUGGUUGCCGCCGUUGCCAUCAUCAUCGGUCUAGUUAUCUUUUUCAUGAAAAGACAGAAGAAAUCAUCAACACCUGGCCAGCCCGGUGGAUAUGGUCCACACGAAGCAGACGGAGGUGCAUCCUCAAUGAGCGGCACAACGGCAAACGAGCCUCUUGCCUCACUUGGCUUCCGACCUGUGCCUGGGUCACGGUUUGUGGAGCUCAAGGGCGAUGCCGGUAGUACUGAAUUGGGGAGUAGCCCAAUCAGCGAGCUUGAUGGAGGCUCUGCAGGUGUGCAGCCUCGGCCUUUCUAG